AUGAUGCGUAUCGCUAUUGCUGGAGGUUCUGGCCUUGGUUAUCUCCUGGCUAGUCAACUUUCUCAAGCAGCUAACGCCUACCAAGUUGUCGUUCUAUCGCGUUCUCAACACCCUGAGUACGAAGCGCUUGAUGUUCAAGUCCAAGUUGUUGAUUAUAACGACGAAGACACCCUCCCAUUCGCACUUCAUGGAGUCAAUCUCGUCAUAUGCACCUUCUCAGGCAACGAGCAACUCAACCUAAUCAAUGCCGCCGCUCGAAACGGUGUACAAUUCUUUGUUCCAUCCGAAUUCGAAGGGUCAAUCGAAAAACGUCCUGAAAAUGAUGAGCUUAAACCUUACUCUCACCAAGCAAGACAACUUUUGAGACGCUGGGCAAGAUCCUCUCAGAUGAAGUGGACUGUCUUCUCUUGCGGAAUAUUCAUGGAGAGGUUCCUUGCUGACGGACUCGGAGGUGUAUCCAUUGGUUACGGGUCCUACCUGUACAUGCCGGGAUCUUAUUUGGUUGAUAUGAACUCUUACACGGCCGAGUACGUGGAGAAAAACGCCCGAGGACAUACCGUCCGAGUAUGCAUGACAUCUAUUUAUGAUUUGGCUCAGUUUGUGGUCGCAGCUAUUGAUCUGGGUCCUGCAAACUGGCCUCGUGAGUUGACCAUGCGAGGUGAUCGACUGUCAGUUCGUGAUGUUGUUGGUCAAUGUUCAAGAGCUUUGAAUGCCCCUUUCCAGCUUUCCCAGUGGCAGGCCGCAGACCCUGCUCGACUUGCAACCGCCUACUAUCAACAGGGCGAUUCUUCCAAAGUCGUGUUUUAUCAGCAGCUCAAAGCUACCGUUGAAGGACGAUACGACUUUAGUCAGGCGACCUUGAACGAUCUCAUCAAUGCAAGCUCUCGUGUCAAUGUUCAGCCCCAAACCUUUCGCCAGUGGCUGAGUGUUCAAUUUUGA